CUCUUCACCGAUGGCAUCACCAACAAGCUCAUGGCCUGCUACACGGACGAGGGCAUGACGGACGCGGUGCUGGUCCGUGUCUAUGGCAGGAAGACGGAGCUGUUUGUGGACCGGGAGACGGAGCUGAGGAACUUCCAGGUGCUGCGUGCCCACGGCUGUGCCCCCGAUCUCUACUGCACCUUCCAGAACGGGCUCUGCUACCAGUUCCUUCCGGGCAUCGCGCUGGGGCCCGACCACGUGCGGGACCCCCACAUCUUCAGGCUGGUGGCCCGGGAGAUGGCCCGGGUACACACCAUCCACGCCAACAGGAGCCUCCCCAAGCCCAUCCUCUGGCAGAAGCUGCACAAAUACCUCACCCUCGUGAAGACGAAUCUCAGCCCAAAGGUAUCCAACCCCAGCCUCCAGCAGGAUGUGCCCAGCCUGGAGAUGCUUGAACACGAGCUGGCCUGGAUGAAGGAAACGCUCUCCCAGCUGGGGUCCCCCGUCGUCCUUUGCCACAACGACCUGCUCUGCAAGAACAUCAUCUACGACAGGGCACAAGAGCACGUCCGCUUCAUAGACUACGAGUACACUGGCUACAACUACCAGGCUUUCGACAUUGGAAACCACUUUAAUGAGUUUGCAGGCAUGAAGGAGGUGGAUUAUCGCCUCUACCCCAGCAAGGACACCCAGUCCAGGUGGCUGCACUCGUACCUGCAGGCCUACAAGCAGCUCACCCAGGGGGACCAAGGAGGCACGGGGGUGUCCAAGGAGGAGCUGGAGGCUCUCUACGUGCAAGUGAACAAGUUUUCUUUGGCAUCUCAUUUCCUCUGGGCGUGCUGGGGCCUGAUCCAGGAUAAAUACUCUACUAUAGACUUUAACUUUUUAAGAUAUGCAAAGCUAAGGUUUAAACAGUACUUCAAGAUGAAGCCGGUGGUCACAGCCCUGCAGAUCUCUAAAUAG